AUGCCCCUAUAUGCCAAGUUCUUGAAAGAUAUGCUAACCAAGAAGAAUCGGUACAUUCAUAAUGACACAAUUGUUGUGGAGGGCAACUAUAACACGGUCAUUCAACGCAUCCUUCCACUCAAGCAUAAGGAUCCCGAAAGUGUCAUGAUACCGUGUUCUAUCGGUGAGGUUACUCUGGGUAAAGCUCUCAUUGAUUUGGGAUCUAGUAUCAAUUUAAUGCCUCUCUCCAUGUGUCAGCGACUUGGAGAGUUAGAGAUAAUGCCCACACGCAUGACCCUCCAGUUAGCUUAUUGCUCCAUCAGAAAGCCAUAUGGAGUGAUUGAAGAUGUCUUAGUGAAGGUUAAACAUCUAAUUUUUCCAGCUGAUUUCGUUGUGAUGGAUAUAGAAGAGGACUCUAUCAGUCCUCUUAUUCUUGGAUUCCCAUUCAUGUCCACCGCAAGCUGCAUGGUAGACAUGGGAAAGAAAUGCUGCAAAUGGGCAUAG